AUGGAAAUCACUCUGAAAUCUGAUAUAGGUACAUACUUGGGAUCACCAAUCUCCUUCUCCACUUCAAAAACAAAAGAUUUUCAAUUCCUAUGUGAUAAAAUGACAUCUAGAAUCUCUUCGUGGAGUGCUUCCACUCUUACCCAAGCAGGUAAACUGAUUUUGAUGAAUGGUAUUUUGGCUUCACUUUGUAACCAUAUUCUAUCCAUUUUCCUACUGCAAAAAAAAAUCACAAAUUCACUAGACUCCAUGAUCAAAAAGUUUUUUUGGAGAGCUAAAGGGAAGGAGCACGCAAUUCACUGGCGUAAUAAAUUGAUUCUUGAAAACCCGAAGGGGAUGGGUGGACUAGGAAUAAGGAAUGUAGCUAUGUUCAAUAGGGCCAUGCUUUACAAAUAUGCUUGGAGAUGUGAGGCGCAGAAAGAGAGCAUUCUGUCAAGAAUGUAUAAGGCAAAGUAUGGUACCUUACCUCUACAAGCAGGGGGAAAGAGAGUAACCAAGCCACACUGGUCAUGGGGGUUCAAAGGAAUGUGCAAAGUAGCAAUGGAGUUCCAUAAAGGAACGAGAUGGAAACUAGGGAAUGGGAGAAACAUCAACACUGAGGGAGACUUAUGGGCUGAUAAUCAGGAGGUUAAAUUCAAGGCAAACACCAAUGAUCAAGUAAGGAAAGACUUUUCUAAGGUAGAAAGCCUGAUUGACUGGAAUAAAAGGGAAUGGAACCAGAACCUUAUAUGGAACAAUUUCCCAAGAAUGGAUGCACAACGAAUACUGAAUUCGUACAUCCCUGAGAAUGGUAAAGAUGAUGAACAAAGAUGGUCACACACAAAGUCUGGUCAAUACUCGGUCAAAACGGGGUAUGGUUUCCUAGUCAGUCAAAGUGAUGACCAUAAGAAAUACCAAGAAGAUAGCAAAAUUUGGAAGACGUUAUGGGUAAUAAACACUCUACAUAAAUGGAAAGUCUUCAUGUGGAAAGUUUGCAAUAACGCUCUACCAACAAAAACAAACAUCAAUCAAAGAGGGAUAUAUGUUGAUCCCGUCUGUGUGUUCUGCAACAAAGAAGAGGAGACUGCAUCUCAUGUGUUUCGCGACUGUGAAUGGUCAUCAAGAAUGUGGCAAUCUUGCCCACUUGGCAUUAACACUAGAGCUGGCAGCACAACAACAAUCCAGGAAUGGGUUAAAAACUGGAUAAGGCAACUAUCAAGAGAUGAUGCUCCCUACUACGAUUCAACUAACAUUUUCUUUGCAGGUUUUUGGGCGAUUUGGAAGCACAGGAACGAGAUCAUUUUUAGGGGGGUAGAACCCAGCCCAAUAACGAUAUUAGAAACUCUCCAUCAUUGGACUAACACCUCACAAAAGGCAGCCCACAAUAGAGUGGAUCGCAGUGGAAGAACAACAACAACAUCAACUAGGAAUGAAGAGGAAAAUACUGUUUCAAUUGGCAACAACGAGAUUGGGGAGACCACUUUAUAUGCAAAUGUAGAUGGUGCAUGGAAGAUGGACAAGAAAUGCAAAGACAAGAGCUAUGCGGGCAUCGGAUGGAGGAUAUACAACAAUAUCACCAAUACCACUAUACAUACAAUGAGCAUGCCCAUAAGAUGCACAUCGGCAGCAGAUGCAGAAGCAAGAGGAAUACUACACUUACUGAAAUGGCUGAUUGACAAAGAGUAUAAGGAGGUAAUAGUCAACACGGACUGCAGGGUACUAAUCAGGUAUAUUGAGACAGUCCAAGAAGCGCCAACAAACCUGAGAAAUCUGAUAGAAGAUAUCCGCAAAUUAGGGAAUAACUUUAGCUUCUGUAAAAUAAAUUUUACUAGUAGACAAGCUACUCUGGACGCCCACAAACUGGCAAUCCAAGCUAGGAUAACUGGUCUCCAGGAAAGCUUCUAA